AUGGCGACUUCCUACAAGAAAACCGUGAUAAAAUCUACACCACGUAUCGGCGAAAAUGUCACCUCUGACACGAAUUACUGGAAAAAUUUGGAGGUACCUGUGACCAAAAAGGAAUAUGGAGCCAUUACUCACAUAGAGUUCAGUCCUUCUGAACCACACAGCUUUGCCGUGACCAAUUCAACCCGAGUACAAAUCUACAGUUCAAAGUCACUGCAAAUCCAUAAGACCAUCAGCCGAUUUAAGGAUUUAGCCUAUAGUGGAAGUUUCCGUGACGAUGGGAAGCUGGUGGUUGCUGGUGGUGACGAGGGUCUUAUCCGACUUUUCGAUGUUGAAGGACGAGCGCUGCUCAGGGUGUUCAAAGGACAUACCGGAGCUGUACAUGUGACAAAGUUCCUGCGUGACCGUGUGCGACUGUUUUCGGGUGCCGAUGACAAUAGUGUGGCAGUAUGGGACAUCCCUCGUGAAGAACAAAUCACCACAUACAAAGAACAUCAGGACUAUGUACGGUGUGGUGUUCCCAGUCUUUCCAGCAACGACAUCCUCCUCACAGGUUCCUAUGACCACAAGGUUAAACUGUACGACACUCGUAUCGGGGACAGUGUGCUGACUGUGGAUCACGGAAACCCUGUGGAAGAUGUUCUCAUGUUUCCUACUGGCGGGAUCUUCAUUUCAGCAGGUGGGAAUGUGGUCAAGGUUUGGGAUGCUCUGUCCGGUGGCCGGUUGCUGACCACACUGUGUAACCAUCACAAACAGGUUAUGUCCCUAGCCUUCUGUAGUAACUACCAACGCCUCCUUUCAGCCUCACUCGACAGACAUGUAAAGAUCUACGACUUGAGUUCCUACCAAGUGGUACAUACACUAGACUACCCUGGUACCCUCACAGCCGUAGCUGUAUCUCCGGAUGACAACUUAUUGGUGGUAGGAACAGCAGAAGGCUUGGUGUCCAUACAGAAGAGAAAAACAGAAGAUGAAGUUAAACACAAGAAAAAGAAAAACCAGAAUAGCAGAUUUGGUCUCCGAGGAAAGACUCAUAUUCCAAAAGAGGACGACCAUCAUGUGGAGCACACGAAGAAAGACCAUCUAGCAAAAUACGACAAGUUCCUCAAGAAGUUUGAGUACAGCAAGGCACUGGAUGCUGCCAUGCAUUGGACUGUCCGAUUAUCGAAUCCUGAUGUGACACUCUCAGUCAUCCAGGAGCUUGUAAGGCGUGAGGGUAUCAAACCAGCUCUGGCAGGCAGGGACGAGAAAUCUCUCUCUCACCUUCUCCGAUUUAUAGAAAAAAAUAUUUACAAACCAAGAUACAUGAAUACAUUGAUUGACAUUAUGGCACUCAUAAUGGAAUUGUACAAAGGAUUAAUCGACCAGUCCCACGACCUCGGUUCUCACCUGAAGCGUGUAAACUCGGUCGUACAUCGCGAGGUUGAACUGAUGAAACAGCUCUAUGAGGUUAUGGGUACCAUGGAUACAUUGUUCGCAGCGGCCACAUCACAGCAGUCCAGUCAGGCUCUGGAGUCAGGAACACUGGCUGAUAAUAAGCUGACACCCUCGAUGGCUGCCCAAUCAUUGUAGCCCUAAAGUGUAGAGGAAUGGGUGCGGAAGUUUAACCGUGAUUUUAACUGGCGUUCACAGUCAGAUAUAAAGAGAAAUUCAUCUAUUUUUUGAGAGAGAAAAAAACAAUUGAUUGUGCAAAUAAUUGUUAUCGGAUGAAAUCUGUAACUAAAAAAAUAAAUUUCCAUGGAAAGUCACCACAUGAAAUGCAGAAAAGUUCACCUAGAGCAUGUUUUGCUUUGUUCACCAAUUGUGUGAUGAUGAUAUACCAUUUAUAUUAAAAACCUGUCGUAAAACAAGGAUGUGAUUAUUUGCUUAAACACUGCAUGGUCAACUAGUGCUGUUAGAUUUAUCACUCGUGUUUGAUGUAGACAGAGAAAUCUCAACACGUUGUUGAAAUAUUUCAAGUUUAGCACAGGCUUGAUUUGAGGGUUGAUAUUUCUUCGUCUUCCACAACCACUGUAGGUUUUCCGUCUCCCAGCUCAGUACAUAAACCUGCUAGGAGUUGGUAAGCAUUCUUUGUUAGCCACUAGUAGGUUAUACCCUGGACGGGAUUUAAUCGGUCAAACUCUUAAUUUUGAUGUCAUGUGCAAUGCUUUUCUCUGGCAUCUGCCAUUGUGAUAUAAUGAUUCAUGGCAAUCGUUUUCCCAUUUGGGAAAAGGAAUCAUUUAUCUUCAAGUUAUGGUGUUCUAGAUAGGAUAUGAAGGUUGUGGGAGAAAAACACUCCCAAACUCACGACGGAGUGGGUCUUAUCUUACUCUCAUUAGUUAGUUAAUUUUAAAAUUGUAAUGAGACCCUCGGUAAACUUUGUGUCUUCCUACAUUUGUACAAAUUGUAAAUUACCUGUAACUCCAGUUAAAGAUGACAACAACCAGCACUGGUUGGGGAACUUUUUGUCUACAUCACAUUGGGGUGAUUACCUCCUUCCCAUACUUUCUGCUCUAAAUAAUUACUCCUAGUUAUAAUGGCAACCCCAGUGCACCACACCAUGAAUGGUGCAUGGAAUGUGUGACGUUAUUGAUGGUGCUAUCCUGUUGUGAUGGUUACGCUGCAUGAAGUGAUGACCUGAUCCUACUUUGAAGUAGCGACAUUUUCAGUUUAAAGGUAUACUGAGCUGUAUUUCCCUAGGUAGGUAAUGACAUGUGUUUCUUUUCCUAGCAAAAAGAAAAAUACACCUGUCAGGUGUGGGAAAAUGUGUUUUCGGACAUAGCAUGAAGGUCUGUCUGUACAUUAGAAGACUGGCAUUAUAAAUGGUGUGAAAUAUGAGUGAUUAUUAAGAGAAGUGCUUUUAUAUGUACUGGUUGUUGAGGUCUGUCACAUGAAUGGUUGUAGUUUGAGUGUGUCAGUAAGUAUCAGAAUGGUAUAGGUCUGACGAUGUGCCUGUUUGCUUGGAGUGUGUCUGGUUCAUUAGUAGGUGUGGCAGAAUGAAUCUUCUUUUAAUCAUUGUAGAGGGAGAGGGUGAGUAUCUGGUGUAACGGAGAAUGGUGUCCAUAUGUAGUAAUAAGUGUUCUCCGAUGUGACAUGUGACUUACAUUAGUAUGUGACCAAUAAAUUGAUAUUAAACUCUAA